ACUUCCUGCAUUGUCAAGCAGCUUGUAAUGUUUUGCGGGAACGGUGGACUCGCACAGAUUCAAAUAUGACAUUUAUUUUGCAGUAGAUAUCACGUUGAUACAUUUGUAAUUCACGGUCUGCUACUGUGUCGCGAGGGAUAUCAUCGGUUUGUUGCUGUUCGUUUUGAUUGUCUUCCCUUCCUCAGACCGGUAAACAAAUACAGAGGAUGGCAAAGCUGAAUUUUUAACAGAUGUUCUGUCCAUUUUGUGCACCAAUAACAUUUGAGUGUAUGAACAUGAGCAAGGCGAAGUCAACUAGGGACCGAAGGAUCGCUCUGCCCGGCGUCACAAGGGUGACUCGCAGUUCCAUCAACCCUCAGGACUCUCGGCGCUCUAAACCCACAGAUUCAGGCCUGGUGGACGACCUCAGCCUCAUGAGCGUGAGUGAACAGCAGGCCUCAUUAGCACGGAAAGGGAAGUCCUACCAGAGUUCUAAGGCCGUUCUCUCCUCCUCGCCCUCUGGCAGCUCUGUUCCGCGCGGGGCUUUGGAAACUAUCAGCCGGCUGAUGAAGCUGGGCCGGGUGCGAAACAUUGUGGUGGUUGCUGGAGCAGGUAUCAGCACAGGCAGUGGUAUACCAGACUUCAGGACGCCAGGAACAGGUCUUUAUGCGAACCUUGCAAAGUAUGACAUUCCUUAUCCAGAGGCCAUCUUUAACAUCGACUACUUCUCUGACAACCCUCAUCCUUUCUUCUCAUUGGCUAAAGAGCUGUACCCUGGACACCACCGUCCAAACUAUGUUCACUAUUUCAUCCGUAUGCUGCAUCAGAAGGGCCUGCUGCUCCGCAUGUAUACUCAGAACAUCGAUGGGCUCGAAAAACUGUGCGGUAUCCCAGAUGACAAACUUGUGGAGGCUCAUGGGAGUUUUGCCACUGCUGCCUGCCACCUCUGCUAUACACCUUAUCCUGCUGAGGAAGCCAAGCAAGCUAUAAUGAACGGCAACGUUCCCAUCUGUACAUUUUGUGCCGGGGCAGUCAAACCUAACGUUGUGUUCUUUGGAGAAGAUCUGCCAGAAAAGUACUUUCAACAUGCUCAAGAUUUCCCAAAAGCUGACCUUCUCAUGAUCAUGGGCACUUCUUUAAAGAUCGAGCCGUUUGCCAGCCUGGUCAACACAGUGAAGUCUACAGUGCCUCGUCUGCUGCUGAACCGUGAUCCAGUUGGGCCCUUUGAACGCAGGCCCCUGAGGAGGGCUGACUACAUGGAGCUGGGAGAUCUUUCUGAUUCUGUCCAAAAGCUUGCAGAGAUCCUGGGAUGGCAUUCUGAGAUUCAAGACCUAAUGAACAGCCAUGAAACUGGGCUUUGUUCUUAUACUGACCCCAGCAAUAGCAGCGGUGAGAACAGUGACUCGUCAGAGACUGACAGCAUGCACUAAUGUCAUCUACAGGCUUUGUAUGUUUAAAAUCACGGACUAUGGCAAUGGACACCUAGCAAGGCUUCAAAACCCACAGUGAUGUUUAUGUAUAUCCUUACAUCUGAAUAUUUUAGGAUAUCAAUGUUCUUACCAGUAGUAACAGCCAGUUUGACUGUAUCUGGGCAGUCUUUUCCUAAAACAGAUAAACCGCAGCCUUGUUUGAUCACACAGUGAAACUUGGUCGUGUUUCUGGUGGGAUUAGACUACAUUUUUGUUGGGUUUAUAAUAAUUAUCUGCAUAAUGUCUGCUGCUCAUUUUGACUGAAAACCUGCUUCUGAAUUCCUUAUAAAUUCUAGCACUUAUACUCUUUAUGGAAAGCCGUAAUGAAUAAGCAGCGAACUGUAAUUACAUCACAUCUGCACAUCCUGAUUCAAAUAUAAGGACCUGUUUAGAAUGCAAAAUUUCUGCUUUUUAAGGUAAAAUAAGUUUUUAUCAGACCCUGAAAUGUGGGACUUUAGUUAGUUUAGGACCACUAUGAACAAAUAAAAUGUGUUAUAAGGCUCCUUUAGCAUUCUACAAAGUAUAUUCAAACUGUUUUUUUUAUGUAAAUGUCUAUAUAUUUGUUUGCUAGUUGCAAGUCAUUUUGGUAUCCAAUGAGUCAGUUUGGCCCCAGCGAGUGAACUGUGCUAAAUUAGCAUGGGAGGCAUGACCUCCCAAGUGUGCAGUGCCCCCACUGUGUGUUUUCACAGGCACUGCAGCUUCCAAGCAGGAGCUCCAACCCCUCCAAAACUCUAAUAAAUGUCUUUGGUCGGCAACAAAGAACCCCAAUAUCCUGCUGCUGUGUGUAUGUGUGAGGUUCUGUGUAUGAGAACGGCUGUGAGCACAAUUUGAUUUUGCACAGGAUCAGUGAAGUAGCUGGUAAUUACCACACUGCUGUGAUCAUAUCGGUUCAUGUCCCUCAGGGAUUUUGGCACAUUGAGAAAUAUGGGUGAAAAGCCAGAAUGACUGUUAAAUGUUUGUCCAUUUUCGUUUCUUUAUUCAUAUAUGCUGGUUGCCAUGUUUGUUUUGUUGAAGCCUGUUUACCAGCUGUCUUUUAGAUUCAUGGAAUGAUUUUGUUAAAAAGGGGACUGUGUUGCCUCUCCAGUUAAAGCUUGCAUUUGUUGUUAACAUUCUCACCAUUUGUACUUCUGAAUAUUAAAAUGCUGCUUUUUUUAUUAUAUCUUGUUAUUAAAGAUUGCAUCUUAUGGUAUUUAAUACAUA